UGUGUAGGGUUAAUACAAAGGAGGUGUGGCUUACUUCAGUUACAGCUCAUCCCUACUGUAAAACCAAAACAUUAUCUCUUGACUGACACAGCUUACAGCGGACUGUCGCCCUCACACACACUGGGGUGCUGUUUCCACCGUCCUCGAUCACUGCGGCAGACCCACACAUGUGCGUGGAUAUUCGUGGUUCAGUACGACUGUGAGCACAAAUUAAUGGAUUAGCUUCUGGGUGAAGUAAAAGAGCAUAACGAAACAUUUUUGCUCUGUAAUCCUGUGGAAUAGUGUUCCGGGACUGGACUACAAACCGACGCCAGAGCAAAGCAUAUGCUUGUAUUAUUUACUGGCAAUCCUGCUGUGCAAAGCGGAUAUAAAGACAGACGUUAAUUACAGUAUUCAAAGGAAGACGACGAAGGCAAGUAUUUGAACUGCGAUGUUUGCUAGAAACAGCGGCCAUACCCAAGUCAUCAUCACCUUACAUAACUGGGAUUUGAGUAAGGGUAGCGACCAAGACCAGCUGCACUUGAUGCGUUGCGUAGGAAGACUUUGACUCGCAGACAGUUGUGGAUAAGAAGCAACGUUGUUUUUUUUUCACCGAUUUUAAAAAUAAAUUUAAAGGAAGUGUGUUUUGUACCAUAUGUAUGUACUCUCAUACUCCUGACUCCCCAGCCGAACUACAACAGCCUGUCCUCCUUCAGGUGGGAGACUUCUGGUCAUUUUUUCACGAGAAACACAGACAGAAGCUGGUGGAUGUGAACAAUAACUAUCCGGGAGAGUACUUUCGAAAGACUACCCAAGAGAAAUUAAAGGCUUUGAAAGGGGGAUAAAAACGACCUCAACCGCAAUAAUAAUAAUAACGACAACAACCUGUGGCAGUAACAGCCCGAGCAAGUGUCGUGACUGAUUACCAACGGAUUUAACCCCGAAAGACUGAUUUUCCACUGAAGUGAAUGAAUUAUGGAGCGUAUACCUCCGUCCUAAAUUUCAGUUUCAAUUUUUACAAAAUGCAGAACGAUUUUACAAGCCGAGGUGCAACCGUAAAUUUCGAUACGGGAGUAAAGAAUGACGGUGGCCCAUAUUUAUCUGGCUUCGCCGUGGAGGCGGAUGCUGACGGACCCGUAAAUCAAGGGGAACUUGCGUUCACAACAGGCGCACCAGACAUGAGAGUCCUGCAGGAGAAGCAGGCUUACUGCCGACAGAGAAGCAGGGUGACCAAAGGGCUGGGGGGUGGCGUCGAUUCGGUGGUGAGGGGGCACCACAACUGCGACGCCGAUGACCAUCCAAAGGUGGAAAAAAAUCACAUCUCCGGUCCUGCCGCAGACCAGGAUAAUCCAGUUAACAGAAAUGGGAUAGCGGACGAGUGUAGUGGAGCGCGCGUGAAGGCGCCCUGCAGCUUUAGCUCGUCCCUGUGUUUUUCUGGAGGAACCAAAGACGAGGCGGAUAGAGCCGCUUCUUUAUGUAGGGGGAGCGGAAUAGUGCGGAGUCAGUGUCAGAUUAACAAGGCCGGCGAUGCGCCGGAGGAGGAGCGGGCGACCUCUGCGCCUGUCACUUAUUGUACUUCUGCGGGAGCGCAUCCAGCGCACGGUUUAGGUCACGCGGUCAGUGUCGCACUGGGCAAUGAUCGGAAGGAGGGCGACACAGUACGAGGAAACCCGGUCACGCAAUCGACCGAAGGACGGUGGGAAAAUGGAAGCGGAAUCACAAGUAUCUGUUCUUUGAAAGGAGAUCCGGAUUUAGUGAUUGAGGUGUCUGGAAAGAAAAUACGGGCGCAUAAAUCAGUCCUGGCAGAAAAAAGUGACUAUUUCAAAGCACGGCAGUCUAGAGAUAUUCUUAAAGUGAAGGGACUGAGUUACAAGACAUUGACAGUGCUGGUGGAAUAUAUAUAUUCUUCUCGGAUGAACGUGAAUAAGGAUAAUGUCGUCGAGGUGAUCACCGGGGCGAAGAUUCUUCAAAUCCCGUGCGCAGUCCAAGCUGCGAUGGACACCAUGUCGGAUCAAAUCACCGCCGAGAACUGCUAUGAGGUUUUAACUAUAGCGAAAAAGCAAAGGUUAAACGAGCUGAAGGAGACGGCGUACCGCUUUAUGAGUGAUAACUUUCUGCAGAUUUUAAAGGACCCCGCGGUAUAUGGGCGUUUGACGGGGUCGGAGAGAGACCUCAUCCUCAAGACGAGGAUGGAAGGAAAGAAGUCCGUGAUGGUGGCCGAAAUAAACGACGUUUACGAUCGUGUAGGGAGCAGACCUCAGAGCCGGAAUAACAGCCGUCCGCAGAGCCCGUUAUCCGUGGCAUCGUUUGAAGAAAACCAUAUGAUAUAUUAUUAUAACGAGAAGACUAAAGACUGGAGAUCGCUGACUAUGAUGCCCGAAGAUAUAAACACAAAGGGCUGUGGUAUUUGCACAAUGUAUAACUAUUUAUUUGUAGCUGGUGGAAUAAAAGGCUCCGGAGACAAAGGGAAGCUGUCGGAUAAGGUGUUCUGCUACAAUCCCGUCACGGACGCCUGGAGCGAAAUCAAACCUCUGAACCAAGCACGAUCACAGCUGAAGCUGGUUUCCAUGGACGGCUAUCUGUACGCUAUAGGAGGAGAGUGCUUGUUUACGGUGGAAAAAUACGACCCCCGUAUGGACAGGUGGACUACGGUGACCCCCCUGCCCAAAGGAGCGUUUGCUGUAGCUCACGAAGCAACAACCUGCAACGGCGAGAUCUAUGUGUCCGGCGGGUCGCUCUUUUAUCGCCUGCUGAAAUACGACCCAAAAAGGGACGAGUGGCAGGAGUGCCCGUACAACAACAGCAGGAAGAAGUCCACGGACAUGGUGGCCUUCAAGAGCUUCAUCUAUAGGUUCGACGUGAACCGCGAUCACGGCGUCAACGUGUUCAAAUACAACACCAUAGUGAAAAUGUGGCAUGACAGCGCGUCCGUGGCGCAGGCGAACCCCAUGCCGUUCCGGUGCGUCGUCAUGGCAAACUGCAUCUACUGCGUGAAUAAAACGCAGACACUCCGGUUCGUGGUGGGGGAAGAUAGUGCCCAUUUUGAGGAGGAACCUCUGAAAGCCCCUUUUGAGGCGAAGGGCGUCCUCUUCCCCUUUAUCCUAAGCGUACCCGAGAGGUUGGACAGGAACAUUCAGUCAGUGUAAUAUAAAGGUUAAUGCGCGCCUGGCUUUUCGCAAGUAGAGACUGUGGACAAGAACUCUUAAUAAAAAAAACCCCAGCCGUGUUUAAUGUUAAAAAUUAAGUUCAGUUUCACGCAAAUAUCUAUAUAUUUUUUUGCAUGGAGAAUGGCAACAUAAAACACGACCAGGCCUUAAAAAACGACAAAGUUUGGACAUAACUUUUUGGUUUCAAUUACAAUAACAAUAUAUUUGCGGUUCAUUUGAUGUAUUUUUCUUGUGCUCGUUUCGUACCUCUGUAAAAUCAGUAAGAAUAGACUCAGUUUCUGGAAAAUCUUCAUUGGUAACAUUCGUAUAAACUUAAAAAUAUUACGCGCGGGUAUCAGAGUAUAGCUGUACAUCUGCUCGGUCUAACCCUCGGUCUAACAGCAGUGCUUCGUGAUCCUAGUCACGAUCACAAACCUAUGCAAACCAGCGAGAGCUUACCAGGAAAUCUCGCCUUACUUCGAGGAAUACAGGCCCAUGUAACUAAAUUAUUUGUUUAAAAGGCGUUAAAAAUCCGGUUAAAAUGUUUAGGUGAUGAUGAAAUUGGAUGAACAUCGGAGCCUAAUAUUAAUUUGUAAACUUAAUGAGAAUUUAUAAAGAUUAUUUGGAUUCCAGCUGGGCCGGCAUGACCUGCAUGCACGAAUAAACAAGAUUAUUAAUGGGGGAUCAGAAAGAAAGCGUGACGAAUUUGUUUCAGUCUGUUUUUAUUGCCAUGGUGCUGUCGUGUUAUUUGUAUAGUUCAGCAGCAGAAAGUCAAGACACAAUGUCCCGUGUAUGACCCCCCCCCCCCCCCAAUCUAAACAGCGUGAUAGGGCCCUGUAUGUUUUUCAGACCUUUGAUUUAUUUUGUGACACCCGAAAUCUAGAUGAUCCGGGGUAUGAAUCUGAGCAGACAGCCCUCGACUCCGUUAUCCGUGCUACUUGUUAUUAAAUUACUCGCUUAAGCAUAUUGAGUAAAUUCCAGGCUGUGUUAGGAUGUUAAGGAUAAACAUUUAAGACGUAAAUGCUGAACUCUAUACGGUUUUUGCUCCGCUAAAAAUGUAACGUGAAGCAAUAAUCUGUACCUAUACCACAAUGUCGCUAAAAGACACAACAGUUUCUGGAGCCGGGCAACUUCUUAAAAGAGAUUUUAAAAAUAAAAUGAAGUGAUAGUGAUUAUGUUAAGAUUUAUUUUGUUUUAAUAUAGCCGUGAAGCUGAUACUGUCACAAACGUUAACUGCGUCUAGUUGCACAAAACAGCCCAAGCUGUGCACAGCGCUCCAUCGCGAGGUGCUCCAUCUUUAAGCGGGAAUGAACUGUCACUUUCUGGGACUACAAGACUGUUUUACGGAGACACAGGGCUUCACUUUCCUUCCAAUAAGACGCACUGACAAACUUGAAUACAUAAAGCCAUUUAACACCCCCUCCCAUGUGGAAAUCUUCCCUUAACUCACACUGUCUCCAUCCAGCUUUCUCCUCUUGUACACCAUGCAAGUAUAGAAGCAGGCGUGAUGAGCCUCACAAAGUUUAAUUUCUGCUCUACUCUACUAAGAAAGUAACUGAAAGCACUUUAACCGCAUGCAGCUUCAACUAUCGGGUUUCUAAACACAUCGCUUCUACUGUAUAAGCCAAACACGUAUUAAAAUCGGGGUUUGCGCUUAGAGAACGAUGCAAUGCCGCAGUUCGGUUUUAUAGGUGCAUGGAAAUUCCCACCCUCUAGUAUCUACGCGACAUUUCGUUCAGUUUAUUUAACUGAAUAAAAAAGCUUCUGCAGAGAAACAAAAAAGAAGGUUAGAUUUUAAGUAUUUUGGGGUUAUUUUUCUAACAGAUGUGGAUGUGACAGAUUUGUUGAAGCUGUUUUUUUUUUUGCUGUCUGGCUUCAAUGUGGAGGACGUGGACUGUAGAAUGCGGCUCGCUGUUUAAAGAAAUUACUAGAUAAAAGCAUUAUUCUGAAAGUGUACAGCCCGUAUCCUUCUUACCAUUGACUUUAUUUAAUAACAGUUAUAACGCAUUAUAACUCUGCUUUUAAAUUGUCAGAUGUUGUAUUUCAGUCAAAAUUAUGUGCACAAAAUAAAAAAAAAAACUCA